UGAGUUGGAGUGCUUUCUCCAACAAACGGAGACCAGUUCAGGAGUCCAGUGUCUGUACCGUUGACUUAGUGGCUGCAUCGCCACUUUUGUCCCGGAGAAGCACGCUUAUUAAUCGACAGCUUAUUCAAUUUCGUUAGCGCCUUCCGCUAAUAAAAAGUAGAAGCCUAUAUCGGCAUGGAUUCAAGCAAGCGGCCGCGUGGCCCUCCCGCAUACGCCGCCUCGUCGAAACGGCCGUUCCCCGCGCGCGGCGGGAUUCCACCGUCGCGACGCGACGAAGUAGAACGCGACGCGACGGCGAUGGCGGUGGGGACGGAGGAGGAAGAGGAGGAGGUGGACGAAGCCAUGGCGAUCGGCGACGGGGGACUCCUCGGAGGGGGCGACGAACACAUGGAAGACGACGAGGCGAUGAUGAUUAUGAUGGCGGGCGACGAGGCGGAUUCGAUCCAGAGAGCGGAGCAGGCGGCGCAGGCGGCGCAGGAAGAGGCGCGGCGAGUGGGACAGAUGGGCCAGCUGCAGCCGCUUUUAGCUAAGUGGCGGCGGCAACCGGUGGCGGAUUUCGACCCUAGAGCCUCCGACAUAGUGUUCCAGCAGCUAGACAUCGAUUACUACCUAACAUCUGACUCACCCUUCAAGACUCACUACAAGCAAUCCGCUGUGCUGCGCAUAUUUGGCGUCAACGAACAUGGGAACAGUGUGUGCGCCAUGGUGCAUGGCUUCCUGCCGUACUUCUACGUGAUGGCGCCUACGCAAUUCACAUACGAUGAUGUUGCUGCCUUCCACACCCAACUCUCGGAAAGAGGUCAGGCGAAAGGAGUGGUGGUGUUAAACGUGGAGGUGACUAAAGCGCAGGGGCUGCUGUACUAUCAAGGCCCCGAUAAGAAGACAUUCCUUAAGAUCACACUCGCUCUGCCCACUAUGGUGGCUCCGUGCAGAGCAUUCUUCGAGGGCGGAUUCGAGUGGAACGGGUCGCACUUUCCCUCCACCACCUAUGAGAGCAACGUGCUCUUUGCGCUGCGCUUCAUGAUCGACUGCCACGUCACCGGCGGCAACUGGAUAUCGCUGCCAGCUGGCACGUACCGCGUGCGCGAGGACAGGCGAAAGAUGUCAGCGUGCCAGCUGGAGGUCGAUAUUCUCUACUCCGACCUAGUCAGCCAUGAGGGCACGGGCCAGUGGUCCCGCAUGGCCCCCUUCCGCAUCCUCAGCUUCGACAUCGAGUGCAGCGGGCGCAAGGGGCACUUCCCAGAGCCCGAGCACGACCCGGUGAUCCAGAUCGCCAACAUCGUGUCCCAGCAGGGCAGCAGCGAGCCGCUGGUCCGCACUGUGCUCACACUCAACUCGUGUGCGCCCAUAGUCGGGUGCGACGUGGUGUCGUUUGAGACGGAGCAGCAGCUGCUGCUAGCAUGGAAGGAGCUCAUCCAGGCGACAGAUCCCGACAUGAUCAUUGGCUACAACAUCCAAAAGUUUGAUCUGCCCUAUUUGAUCGAGAGGGCUGAGAAGCUCAACCUGAAGACCUUCCCGUUUCUCGGUCGAAUCCUCAACACCCAGCUGAAGAUGCGGGACACCCGAUUCCAGUCCAGGCAGUACGGCACGAGGGAAUCCAAGGAGGUGACUCUGGACGGGCGGGUGCAGUUUGAUCUCCUGGUGGCCAUUCAGAGGGAUCACAAGCUCAGCUCCUACUCGCUCAACUCCGUCUCUGCACACUUCCUCAACGAGCAGAAGGAAGACGUGCACCACUCCAUUAUAGCCGACCUUCAGAACGGCGACGCUCAAACCCGCCGCCGCCUCGCCGUGUACUGCCUCAAGGACGCGUACCUGCCGCAGCGGCUGCUGGAGAAGCUCAUGAUGGUCUACAACUACGUGGAAAUGGCCAGGGUUACGGGUGUCCCCAUCUCGUUUCUGCUCGCUCGAGGCCAAAGUAUCAAGGUGCUCUCGCAAAUACUGCGCAAGGCACGGCAAAGAGGGUUACUAGUCCCCAACAUGAAGGUGCAGGGCGUGGGUGCAGCAGAUGCAACAUACGAGGGGGCAACCGUCCUGGAGCCGAAGCAGGGCUUCUAUGAACGCCCCGUGGCCACCCUUGACUUUGCGUCGCUGUACCCUUCGAUCAUGAUGGCCCACAACCUCUGCUACUGCACGCUGGUGCACAAGAACGAAGGCAUCAGGCCGCCCGACGACCUGAUCUCCUGCACUCCCACUGGAGACCUUUUCGUCAAGCCAUCAGCAGCCAAGGGCAUUUUGCCCGAGAUCCUGGAGGAGCUGCUGGCAGCGAGGAAGAGAGCAAAGGCGGAUCUCAAGAAAGCCACGGACCCCUUGGAGAAAGCAGUGCUGGACGGCCGACAGCUGGCGCUCAAAGUCAGUGCCAACUCUGUGUACGGCUUUACUGGUGCUACUAUCGGUGCGCUGCCAUGCCUUGAAAUAUCAUCCAGUGUCACUGCCUACGGGCGGCAGAUGAUAGAGCACACGAGGGCGUUUGUCGAGCGGCAAUACUCCAUCGACAAUGGCUACUCUCACAAUGCUGAUGUGGUGUAUGGCGACACGGACUCGGUGAUGGUGAUGUUUGGCGUGGACAGUGUGGAAGAGGCUAUGCGCAUGGGCAGACAGGCGGCAGAGGAGAUCUCCGAUACCUUUCCUAAGCCAAUCAGGCUUGAGUUUGAGAAGGUGUAUUUCCCCUACCUGCUGAUCAACAAGAAGCGCUACGCGGGGCUGUACUGGUCCAACUCCAAGGCAUUCGACAAGAUGGACACCAAAGGUAUUGAGACGGUUCGGAGAGACAACUGUCUGCUAGUCCGCCAGGUGGUGGACGAAUGCCUGAGGAGAAUCCUAAUGGAGCGGGACAUACCGGGAGCCGUGGCGUAUGUGAAGGCUGUGAUCUCCGACCUCUUGAUGAACAAGCUCGAUCUCUCGCUGCUGGUCAUCACAAAGGCGUUAACCAAGGGAGGUGACGACUAUGCGGUCAAGGCAGCCCACGUUCAGCUUGCAGAGAGAAUGCGCAAGCGUGACCCGGCGACUGCACCGGGCAUUGGGGAUCGAGUGGCAUAUGUGAUCUGCAAAGCACCUAAGGGCAGCAAGGCGUACGAGAAGUCAGAGGACCCUAUCCACGUGCUUGAGAAUAACAUUCCCAUCGACCCGCACUACUACCUCGAGAACCAGCUCAGCAAGCCCCUGCUGCGGAUAUUCGAGCCCAUCCUGAAGAACGCCAGCAAGGAGCUGCUGAGUGGGGCGCACACGCGCGCCGUGUCCAUAUCCACGCCGUCAACAGGUGGCAUCAUGCGAUUCGCCAAAGUCCGGCUCUCGGUGCCUGGGCUGCAAGACCCCUCUCAGCGGCAAUUCCCAAACCCUCUGUGCCCACUGCAUGGAUCGAGAGGGCGAAAUCUACCAGCGAAUCACAGCAACCGUGCGCGAGUGUGAGGAGCAGUUCGGAAGGCUGUGGGUGGAGUGCCAGCGGUGUCAGGGCAGCUUGCAUCAAGAUGUGCUCUGUACCAGCCGUGAUUGCCCCAUAUUCUAUCGGAGGAAGAAGGCCCAGAAGGAUGUUGAAGAGUCGCAUGCUCAGCUGGCCAGAUUUGACUUCUGACUGUUCCUAUAUAAGCUGUCUCGAUAUGCUGACAGCAAUAUGCCUGCUUGUACAGGGCUGCUUGUACAGGUGUAUGAAAGUGGCAAAGUGGAGUUUGAUUUUUACGAAGCGCGGUGUCCACUUGGCUGUUGGGUUUUCUGUAACGAAGUGACAACUGGCUGUUGCCCUUGCAACCGAGGGUACAACCAGUUUGCCAUCGUGCGGUGCGGAUACCAAAAGUGUAUCUUGCGGAACUGGUACCGCGUAGCGGCAUGCUCAUUGCUAAUCAAUCUUCCAGCAACCACUGGGCUCAAGCAGCAUACCACGUGUGAAAUAGUGAAUGUUUGAACUAACU